AUGUUGGUGCUAAAGUGUUCUACCAAAUUACUGAUACUGGAGAAAAUGUUGAAGAGUCACUUUCCUGAAUCACUCAAGGUUUAUGGAGCGGUGAUGAACAUAAAUCGUGGAAAUCCCUUUCAAAAGGAAGUAGUAUUAGACUCAUGGCCAGACUUCAAAGCUGUCAUCACCCGGCGACAGCGCGAGGCUGAGACAGAUAACCUUGACCAUUAUACUAAUGCCUAUGCUGUGUUCUACAAAGAUGUCAGAGCUUACCAACAGCUGUUGGAAGAACGUGAUGUCAUUAACUGGGACCAAGUUUUUCAAAUACAAGGGCUGCAAAGUGAGUUGCAUGCUGUUUCCAAAGCCGUUGCCAAUGCAAAGCAGUUGGAUUUGGAUAUAAAGCUGGCUUCCUUUAAGGCUGUCCAUUUUUCUCCUGUUUCAUCUCUGCCAGACCCCAGUUUCCUAACAGGGUCUCCCCCACGACUCACCUACCUGAGUGUUUCGGAUGCUGACCUCCUCAACCGGACUUGGUCCCGGGGUGGCAACAAACAGUGUCUGCGGUACAUAGCCAACCUCAUUGCCUGCUUCCCCAGCGUGUGUGUCCGUGAUGACAAGGGAAACCCCGUGUCCUGGGGCAUCACUGACCAGUUUGCCACCAUGUGCCAUGGCUACACCCUGCCUGAGCACCGCAGGAAAGGUUAUAGCCGUCUGGUGGCCCUCACCCUGGCCAGGAAGCUGCAAAGCCGGGGAUUCCCCUCUCAGGGAAAUGUCCUGGACGACAACACGGCUUCUAUAAACCUCCUGAAGAGUGUCGAUGCUGAGUUCUUGCCCUGCCGUUUCCACAGGCUAAUUCUCACGCCUUUCUCUGGGCAGGCUCGCCUUUAG